CUCUAGUUACGACCCAUUUCUAGGGUUCUACUUGGUUCUACUGACUGGCUGGCUCGCAGCGAAAAGAGGAGUUCGUAUGCUUUUAAAAUUCACUUCUGCAAGGUGGACGCCGUUAACUCUGUCAUCUCCUCUAUGACGGACUUUACGAGCCGGAUAGAGAGAGGAGUGUGAUCGUUGCUGAUGGUUACGAAACGUUCUCGAGUGUGUCGAAUGCUUUCUUUCGAUAGGUUAGGUGAAGGAACUCGAACGGCACUUCCUACAUACGUAUGAUGCGUCUAAUUUUCAGCGCGUUCCGAGUUAAACGUAGGCUGCAAUUCUAACGUCUGCUUCAGUGAAUUCAAUGAUAUGGAUUUCGGGACGUUAUUAGACGUCGCGCAAAAAAAUGGAGGUGUCAAACAGCCCGUCGCUUACUAUCGGACAAAGUUUACUCCACCGAAAAAGGAAACGAAGCAAACCAAAAACUUGUCGGAUAACAUUAAAAAAUUCCUUGCUCGAAGGGAAGAAGAAGAACGGCAAAAAGCAUUAGACGAGAAAAAAAAGAAAGAGAACUUGCUGGCAUUACGAGAUCAAAAGACUCAAAAUCGUAUAAAUAAACAUCUAAAAGUAUGCAAAGCUGCCAACAAAUCGGUACUGGCAGAUGCAGUCGAUAACGAGAAUACGGCUGUAACAAUGGCUGGUCCGUCACAGCCCGACGAAGACGACUACGGAUACGUGUCCCAGGAAGCCUCGGCGUUUUAUAAUCAACUGAUGAACAAAUACAAUAAUCUACCUCCGGAGAAACCGAUAUUCAGCGACACCGGGAAAAGAACCGUGAAGGACAUCGCGUCGACAAAGGAUAGAGUGAAACGAGCUUUACAGCAGAAAGAAUCGGAAGACACUGCGGGCCAUAGACGGAAACGAAAAUCAUCCAGUGCCGCGUUCACCAAGGAGGUAGAACGCGCGGAAUCUGGCAAAAGAGAGCCCGACUCGGAGUCGGCGAAGGCGGACAAACCGAAUGCCGAGAAAGGGCGGGACCGAGGAGAGACGGAAGAAGAGAAGCCCAAGCCAAGGAAACGAGCACCCCUCCCACCUCCCAUGGACUUUGUCGAGCUACUCAAAUUGGCGGAGAAGAAGCAGCACGAGCCCAUCGUACUGGAAGCCAAGCCGAAGCCAAAACCGAAGGUGGAGGCUCCGGAAAGGCUCAUGACCAAAAAGCAGAAACGAGAGUACCAGAGGGAGAAGGAAUCGAGGGAACGAAAGCGGGAGGAGCGAGGCGCCGGCCCCGAAGCGAGCCGACCACCUCCCAAGCCCAAUGACGGCUCCGGGUUGAGCUCGACGGCGCAAGGGAAGCGAGUCGUCGGCAAGUCCCUCGGUCCCAGCGAAAAGCCGCCGGCCAACGGCCGGCCCCGGCCCCGGCCCGCCAAGACCUCGGAGAAAGAUCUCCUGAUGGAGGAGCGUCGGAAGCUGGAAUCGGAGAAGCGAAAGCUCGAGGAGAUGCGUCGUCGCAUCGAGGAGGAAAAGCGGAAGCUGGAGCUGAGCAAGUGCCCGAAGCCCGGGCCCGAGAAACCGCGGCCCGCGCCGCCAGUCGCCAAACCGCCCGUCGCCGGCGACAAGGCGCGAAGGGAGACGGAUCCGGUCAAGGCCAGGUCCACGUCCACGUCCACGUCCACGUCCUCGGCGCCCCGGCCCGACCUCAAGCCGAGGGAACCUCCAGCUAAUUCGAGACCGGCCCUGUCGAAGCAGCAUGCCUCCCUUCCGUCGAAACGGCCCGGUCGGAUCGAAGACGACGAGGACGAAUACGAUUCCGAGUUGGACGACUUUAUAGACGACGGUCCGGAAGAGGCGGCGGAAGACUACAGCAAGUACAUCAGCGAAAUAUUUGGUUACGACAAGAACAAGUACAGGAACAGCGACGACUACAACGACGAUGCCGCCAUGGAAAGUAAUUUCGCCCAACAGCUCAAAGAGGAAUACGUCUCUACCAAAAUAGGAAUAAUGGAAGACUUGGAAGACAUUCGCAUGGAGGCUAUGGAAAAGAAACGGAAGUCAAUUUUGAAGAAGAAGUUGAAAAAAUCUUAGAUCCCUUCGUAUCGGUGUUCGGGAGAGACUCUUACCACAAAAUCAAUUCUUAGGGAUCGGAAGAGCGUCGGAGUUUGAUCUCUCGUGCUGUUGCAGCUGGGCGAAGUCGGACAGAAAAUCGAAUUAUCCUUCGACCCUUCUAGUUUCCAAUGCAACGGGGCGUCUUUUGGAAAGCGAGAUUCUGCCCGCUGUUUAUUCACGGUCUCCCUGGUCGAAGCGUCCUGCGGCUUACGGACGUAAACGAAAAAAGUUCGUUGCUCGUUGACUCUUCAAUGACGCGCGUAAAAAGCAUUUCAUAAAAUAAAAGAAGUACAAGACUCGGAGGUACGCUCGCUAGCUUCCCACGUCAUCGGCUUCGAAUCGGUAUCCCCGACGCUUCUUCGUCCAUAGCCCGUUUUAGCUCGGUUUCGGCCAGUUAACACUCGGAUUCGAUCGCACACCGUGGGAUACAAAAAUUCGGAUUUUAUACAUCUACGCUAAGUUAAGACUCUGGGAUUUUUAAUGCAAUAUUUUGUGAAUAAAUAUUAUUUAAGAAUGAA